CCACUGGAAGAAUGACAGAUGACAAAGAUGUGCUUCGAGAUGUGUGGUUUGGACGAAUUCCAACUUGCUUCACCCUCUAUCAGGAUGAGAUAACUGAACGGGAGGCAGAACCAUAUUAUGCAUUAUCCAAUUGGUUUGCUCUUUGAUCUUCUUGCAUCAAGUUCAGCUCUUCCUUGGAACAUCACAGUACAUUUUAAGAGUUUUCCAGAAAAGGACCUUCUGCACUGUCCAUCUAAGGAUGUAAUUGAAGCUCAUUUUAUGUCUUGUGUGAAAGAAGCGGAUGCUUUAAAGCACAAAAGUCAAGUAAUCAAUGAAAUGCAGAAAAAAGAUCACAAGCAACUCUGGAUGGGUUUACAAAAUGACAGAUUUGACCAGUUUUGGGCCAUCAAUCGGAAACUCAUGGAAUAUCCUGCAGAGGAAAAUGGAUUUCGUUACAUCCCUUUUAGAAUAUACCAGACAACAACUGAACGGCCUUUCAUUCAGAAGCUUUUUCGUCCUGUGGCUACAGAUGGACAAUUGCAUACACUAGGAGAUCUCCUCAAAGAAGUCUGUCCUUCUGCAGUUGCUCCUGAAGAUGGGGAAAAAAAGAAUCAAGUGAUGAUUCAUGGAAUUGAACCAAUGUUGGAAACACCUUUGCAGUGGCUGAGUGAACAUCUGAGCUACCCGGAUAAUUUUCUUCAUAUUAGUAUCAUCCCGCAACCAACAGAUUGAAGGAUCAACCAUUUGCUUGAACGGAAUCACCCUUAAACAGGAUUUACCAGAGCAUGUCACCAUUCUGCUUCAAUCAGGUUUGGUGGAGGCAACCUGACCAGAAACACUGCUACAAGCCAAACAGGAAAAAGAUUCCAUGUCAGAUAAGGGUACUUGGGCUGGUCUUACUUUGCAUCACCACUGCUUUCCUCCGCUGCCGUCAUUAAACCUCAGCUGCGACAUGAAAGACUUUACAGGACCACUGCAAGUCUUCUGUUUUCUUGUAAAAUAUAAUGAAGCUGAAGCCUUUGGCCUAAGAAGAAAAUGGAAAUAUGUGCCACUCAAUUUGUAUUUCUGAUUAACAAAUAAACAGGGGUAUUUCCUAAGGUGACCAUGGUUGAACUUUAGCUCAAGGGAGUGGAAACAUUGGUUUAAUUUUCAAGAGAAUUAGACUUAAGAAAGUAAAAGAGAAAUUCUGUUAUCAAUAACUUUCAGUAAUUUUUUGUAAAAGAUCAAAUUACAGUAAACCCAUCUUUCCUUAAUGAAAAUUUCCUAUGUUUACAGUCUGUCUAUUGGUAUGCAAUCUUGUAACUUUGAUAAUGAACAGUGAGAGAUUUUUAAAUAAAGCCUCUAAAUAUGUUUUGUCAUUUAAUAACAUACAAUUUUGUCACUUUUCCAGUACUUUCUGACUCACAUACAUUAGAUCACUGUUUUUACUCUGUGUGUUACCUUUCAGACUGGUCAUCAUUGGCAUGGAAUGGGUGUAGGGCAUAGGAUAACUUGUCUCAGGAGCUGUCAUAGAAUUUCUUGCUGCCGAUUUUUAAAUCUGUGUUAUUUACACUAAAAGUAUAAAUAAUGUUGCCAUUUAUCAUUGCUGUUUUAUCACUAUAAAUCUGUCAAAUCAUAGUAUCUUAAGCAUCUGUAUAAUUUUACAUUUUUUUGGAAAAACCCAUUCCUUUUCAAGCUAGUGUUUUUCAUUGGCCUCAGGUCUAAUGUUUCACGGUGGUCCCUGGUAGCCAAUCUUUGAAGUUUAAAGAUUACCAAUCUCCAGACUGCAAUAGCUUUUCCUUAACUUUACCAAAAAUAUUCAGAGGUUACUAGAGUUCUUAUUCAAAUAAGGAAAUUUUUGCUGCACUUUAUUACCACGCUGCUGGUAUUCUACCAGCUGAACGUACUUGUGCAUUACACUUUGUUUCUUGUGAGCUAGCUUGCUGUUCAUAUUGAAUGUUGACCCGUUUGAGUAUGCUAAAAGACAGUAUCAUACAAUAAUGGUUUUAGCUUCCAAAAUAAAGAUGAAUGUUUUUCUCAUAAAAAAAAAAAAUUGUACGAAUGUGUGGUGAGAUCCUGCUAGUGCUCACGGCUUCCUUUUUCCUUUUAUGAUUUUCACUAAGCAGCAGACUUAUCCACAGGGUGAGAUAAAGUUAGUCAAAGAUCAGAUAUUCUGGAAUGGAAAGUAUAAGCCUCAAUCAAAAAGAAAAACAUAGGGUACCCAUAGGAUCAGAAAAAAAUAGAAGCGAGUAGCAAAUACUUGGCUAAUGUCAAUAAAAUGAAAAGUGCCAUUUUAGUAAGGCAGAAAAAAUAGUCAUAUUUGCAUUACUUAAGGAUUAAAAAACCCACUGACUUGUAUUUUUUCAAAAGAGGUUGAUCUGAAUAUGAUUGUUCACAUUAAAAGUGUUUAUUCAUCUAUUCAGUUUGGGGAUUUUCCCUCUUGAUGUUUUGACAGACUGAUGUGAGCUUCAGUGAGCGAAAGGAUCAAAAUGCCAGGAGUGCUAAGCUGUGAAGAAGAUAAGUGUGGUAAGAGCAGUAAGCCACAGUAGUUUUCACAGACAAGACCAAUGUAAGGUCUCUGCAGUGGGCUCAAGUGAGCUACUGAUCUUUACUUCCAGAUUUGAAAGUAAGUUUUAUCAAGCCAUUUCCCAUUUUUACCUACUUGUUCAUUAUUACACCAGCAUCAUAACUGUAUUAUACUCUACUCUAGUCCCAGGUAAGUCAAGCUUCUGAUACCCAGAGAAAGAAUAAAAACAGAAAUUAGU